AUGGGUAGUGGCGUGUAUGUAAAUCAAGUGAUUCCACUGCAAAACUCGCGUUUGUGUGUUGUGUCUGCUCGCAGGAAGCAGGGCAGUGGGUCCGGCGCCAAAGCGAAGUCUGGUUCAUCUAGAGCAGUUCUACAGCUCCCCAUGGGCCAAAUCUAUUGCCUGUUUCAUAAGGGCAACUAUGUCGAGCGUAUCGGAGCCGGCGUUCCGGUGUAUCUGGUGGCGGUGCUGGAUUAUCUGAUCACCAAGAUCCUGGAGUUGGCGGGCAACGUAGCACGCGACAAUAAGAAGACUCGCCUUGUCCCGUGCUACCUGCAGCUGGCCGUUUGCAAAGAGGAGCUUUACAAACUGCUUGGUGGUGUGACUAUUGCGCUGGGCGGCGUCCUGCCGAAGAUCCAGAUAGUGCUGCUGCCCAAAAAAGUUGAGAGCCACCACCAAGUACCAAGCAAGUAACUCCUUUAAGUGGUAAAGC